GAGAUUCUUUGAUGAAUAUUGACUACAUUGAUAUGGACAUGGAAAAUCAAUACUUUCUUCUUGUGCGUCGGUGGCUUGAAUUGCGUCAAAGAGCAAUAGUUUUGCUUAUUUGUGUUUUGGCACAUGUACUAGCCAAUGAAAUUUAUCAAAAAAAAUUCACAUACAUUCUCCCGGGUUGGGAAGGCACUGCAUCAGACUCAAGGAUUAUUAAAAAUGCAUUAAGGAGGGAAGAUAAGCUUAAAAUCCCCGAAGGUAAAUAUUAUCUCGUGGAUGCUGGGUUCAUGUUAACAAGAGGACUAAUAACACCUUAUCGAGGAGUCCACUAUCAUUUGAAAGAGUAUUCCAGGAGAAAUCCGCCAUUAAAUUAUAAACAGUUAUUUAACCUUCGACAUUCAAAGUUGCGUAACGCCAUUGAACGAGCUUUUGGUGUAUUGAAGAAAAGAUUUGUUAUCUUAUCCAAUGGAACAGAGCCUACAUAUGGGAUAAAAGUACAAAAAAUGAUAAUAUAUGCCUGCAUCAUUCUUCAUAACUUUCUUAUGAGUGUUGACCCUAAUGAUGAAAUAUUGAGAGAAGUUGAUAUGGAGCUUCUUAACCAAGAUGCUUCGAAUGAAACAAUUCAUGCUUCAAGUGGUCAAAGUAGCGAGGCAUCAGAAGGUGAAGCUAUUAGAGAGCACAUAGCAACUCAAAUGUGGAUCGAUUACCAGAACAAUGAGGCCGCUAUUGAGAAUGAGCUUGAUGCUUAAAGUUGAAUUGUAUUAAGAAAUGUUUUUACACAUC